AUGCUUGAAAUGGUCGGAUUUGGGCUCUUGCGUUCACUUUUCUCUGAUGAUUGGUUUAAUAUAAUUUUGACUGGACGAGAGAAAUCUAGAAUAUAUGAUGCAUCAUUUCAUGCCAACACAUAUCUUCUUGGCGAUGUGUUGACAGCAAGGUGCGAAAUUAGAGCCUCAUACCCAAGGCAUUCUCCCGAUACUCCGUUAAAGACGAAGGCGAAUGAAAAUGAGAAAGGGAAAGUUUUUCGAAAAGGUUAUUCAACAUUGGCCGAAAACAUUGGAAGUUUAAUGGAGGAUUCCAAGUCGUCUGACGUUACUUUAAAAGUGGGAGAAGAAACAUUUCAAGCCCACAGAGCAAUCCUCGCAAGUCGCUCCAAAGUCUUCAACGGUAUGUUCGGAAGUGGCAUGAAGGAAGACCAGGAAGGUGUGGUGCAAAUAGUGGAAAUGAAAUCUAGCGCCGUCAAGGAAAUGCUGCAGUAUAUCUACGCUGGUAAGAUCGAAGAACUGUCCAUGGACCGAGCCAUGGAUCUCUACGCUGCUGCUGACAGGUACGACUUGCAAGAGUUGCGAGGGUGGUGCAAGGACUUCAUCGUAAAUCACGUUUCUUCUGCUGACGUUCUCAACGUGGCGGUAUUAGCGGAUCUGUAUCGUGAUGAGGAACUUACUGAGGCUUCAAGAAGAGUUUUUAAACAGGAAUCUAAGGCAAUAAUGAUGUCCCCAGGAUCGAGAGAUUUUUCGAGGAAUCAUCCUUCUGUGUACAUGGAUCUUCUCGAGUUCACUUUAAAUGACAGUUGAUUUUUUUUAUUUUUCAUGAGAUAUGUA